UGAGCGGUCCUCCCCUUCAUUCACUAUCCUCAUUGAGAACACGGAAGGCUGAGGCGAGAACAGUGCCAUUCAAUCCUUUACUGAUUUUGGUGUUAAGCUCUAUUUCUGGGAACAACGGAAAGACCGUGGUUAUCAGUUUCCUCUAGUCGGCCAUUAUGAGAAGUGGUUGUUAGCGUUUAGCUGGCUUUAUCACCGUCAAAUGCAGUAAAAGCUGAAAUCUGCUUGGCCUUUCCUUGACUCGCAACUUUGAUCAUAACCUCGGGAAACUGUCAUUUAAAGAAAAUGGACGCUCCACAGUAUCCAGGCUACCCUUCACACUACUGGUACCCCCAGUCUCAUUCCACUGGACACUAUGCAAAUACCUAUCCCUCUGGAUCUGAUGGCCAGCCACAGUAUAAUCCACAGGUACUGCCUGGAGGUUUUCCAAAUGGACAUGGUGUCUACAGCCCAGCGCAGAGUCAGUAUUCAAGUGGUUUCCAUCCAUCCAACCCUUUCUACUGCGCUGACCCUCAGAGAGCACCUCCAGCACCUUACCCCAACCAGAACUGUCCAACCGAGCAAAGCUCUGGGCCAGCUGGACAACCACACUCCCAAAACCAGCACUAUGCUGGUAUGCAGUGUCAAGGGGGUCCUGGAUAUCCUCAAGGGCCAUAUUCUCACUACAGUGAAGGUGGUCAUGCAAUUACUCCAAACACCUUAUAUCCCACUGGCCAGUCUCUGCAUCCCACCCCACAAGCUGAAGCUUGGACACACCCUGGUGCAUAUACAUCCUCACAGCAGCAGUGGCAGCCAGGCCAACAGCCUCCCCAGAGCCAUUAUGGAAAUCCUGUUCGUCCACUACACCCUCCAGCUUGGCCAGGGACUGGGACUGGUGCACCGCCACCUUAUCAGCCUAAGGACCAGCCACAUCAGCGUCCCCCACAAAUUGGACCAAAACCCAAGCCGACCACAUCCCCAAAUCGCUCCAAUGGUAAACCAACAGAAAUUAGUUCACCUCACCAAAUCUACAACAAAAUAGGGAGAAGUGAUCCUAAUCCCUCACAAAGUGAGCCCCCACCUUCUGCCCCAACGCAAUCUCCUGCUCCAACAAAUGCUGGACCCCAGCCCCAGAGUGAUAACCCCAGUCUAGCUCGGGUCCAACAAGUAAUGGCUAGAGUGUUUCUGCUUCAGGAAGAUGUUGAUGAGUUUGUGGGCAAAAAAACGGACAAGAGUUAUCGAUGCCUGGAGGAACUUCUGACCAAAGAGCUGCUGGAGCUAGACUCUGUGGAGACUCAGGGACUUGAAAAUGUCCGCCAAGCCCGAAAGGAGGCUGUACAAAGGAUCCAGGCCAUUCUGGACCGGCUAGAGAAGAAAGCCUUCUAAAGUGGCUUCUGUAUCUGUUUGUUGGUCCUUUAGUUCCUGAGCUCCCUUGACUUAGAGCCUUCUCAACAGAUUCUCAAAAAGGACUCCGUAGGCUCAGUAUGUGGUGAUGUGCCAAAAUAUCAACAAACUGAUUGUACAUAUCAUUAGGGAACUUGAGUUCAGUCGGCGACUGAUUAUGAACGGUAAAAGGGAAUUAUUAAUUGCCGCUAUCAUUCAUCAUCCUGCUGCCCCUUCUUGUAUGUCAGUUAUAAUCUGGUCUUCUUCCCCUUGCAACAUUCACAUUGCCUUAACUGCCUGUCACAGUCCUAAUUGCACGAUCAUUAUUUCAUUCACACCACUCACAGUACAGGUUCAGUAUGUUUCAUCUUCAUAGAGCUCCCUGCAUUGCAUGUUCACAAUACUUUCUAUCAUCUAUGAACUCAUGAUUUGACCUUAAACAAAUAAAAUAAGUAAAAAGCUCUGGAAAUAACUGUCAAUUAUUUGUUUCUGGCUUCUGUGAUGAAUUAAUAGUAAUUACUUACGAUAUAUUCAAACAUUCCUUUUUCCUCAUACUUCUAGUAGUGAAAGUGUAUUUUUAAAAUCCAAUGUGAAUUGAAUAGACUUGUUUCUGUUCUGUCACAACUAUCCUCAUUACCACAUUCAAAAUGCCCCACAUGCCUAACUUCCAAGUAGAACAAGAUAUUUUUCCUUGAACAUUCAUGAUGUUAUUACAUAGUUCCAUGCAUCUGAGAUGUUCAGUAUAUUUAGAGGAAAAAAAUAUUGCAAGUCUUGCAUGAAAAACAAUCACCUGUCUGUGUUCAUUUUCUUGUGCUUUACCUGGAGCCCAACUGUACAAUUUCAGGUGUGAUGCAUGUUUCCAGCGCAGGAUGGGAAUAUUUGCCUGAUUCAGAAAAAAAAAGUUCCAAUUGAGAAUUCUGUCAGAAAUAAUAAAUGGCGAGUAUAUUUUU